AUGACUCCUUCCAUCGUGGAAGGCCUGCAGACGCUAAAGCGGCAUGCCAAUCAGGGACUAGCAGUGAUGCCAGCACAAGAUGAUCAUGAGCCGUCGCUGAAGGACCCGACUGUCGGCAAUCCCAUUUCGCACUUACAGGUCGUGGAUCUUUGGAGCGCCCUCAAGGUUGCAGGAGCCGGAAGAUGGAGCCUGGAGGUGCUUCUGAAAGGAUCCAAGGUCUACGUACCACCACCGCCGCCGAAGGCUGAGCCGUCGGACGAAUACAAGGCUCUCAUGGCCCGACUGCGCCGCGAACAGGAGCAGCGGGAAUACGAAUGCAUGACGAAUCCGCUGCCGCCGACGGAGACCUUCGCUCAGCGGUUUCCCAACGGGGCAAACAUGGCCCAAGCCUUCGCUGCAGUGAAUCGGCCGAGCAGGGAGGUCGACAUGGGCGAUGACGACGUGACGUAUGGCGACGUGCACCGCCAACUGAUGCUGAUCCUCAACUUUGUGGCCAGCAUCCUUGGUGUCGCCGCCACCCUUUGGAUCUUGGCCAGGUGGUGGAGCACUCCCGCUCGGUUGUUUCUGACCAUGGGCGGGAGUGCUCUGGUCGGGAUCGCCGAGGUCGCUGUAUAUUCAGGAUAUGUAUGGCAUCUCGGCAUGGCCAAAAAGAAAGACCAGACAUUGAAGGAGGUCAAACAGAUCGUUCAGUCAUGGACUUUGGCGCCUGAUGGGGACGAGGCGGUCGCAGUUGGUGGGGGAGCUGGGACUGGAGACACAACCCUUCGGAGACGAUUGAAUGAAUGA